AUGGCGUCGUCAAGUCCCAACACGAUCAAGGUCGUCGCGCGAUUUCGACCACAGAACAAGAACGAACUUGCCCAAGGAGGAGAACCAAUUGUCGAACUCGAGACCAAUGACACCUGCAAGAUUAAUUCUAGGGAAGGCACCAGCUCGUUCACUUUCGACCGGGUGUUUGGCAUGGACUCGAAGCAAACAGACAUUUUUGAUUUCUCAAUUCGAUCGACGGUUGACGAUAUCCUCAACGGUUACAAUGGAACGGUCUUCGCUUACGGUCAGACCGGUGCCGGUAAAUCGUAUACCAUGAUGGGAACGGAUAUUGACGAUGAUAUGGGCAAGGGUAUCAUUCCUCGAAUUGUGGAACAAAUGUUCGCUUCGAUUCUUACGAGCCCGAGCAAUAUCGAGUAUACCGUCCGAGUUAGCUAUAUGGAGAUCUACAUGGAGCGCAUUCGAGAUUUGUUAGUUCCCCAGCACGAUAACCUUCCCGUUCACGAAGAAAAGUCUCGAGGUGUAUAUGUGAAGGGUCUCUUGGAGAUUUAUGUUUCUAGCGUCGACGAAGUCUACGAAGUUAUGCGCCGCGGUGGAGCAGCCCGAGCUGUUUCAGCAACUAACAUGAACCAAGAAUCCUCUCGUUCGCAUUCGAUCUUUGUCAUCACGGUCACGCAAAAGAAUGUCGAGACUGGAUCUGCAAAGAGUGGUCAACUAUUUUUGGUCGAUUUGGCAGGUAGCGAGAAAGUUGGCAAGACCGGUGCGAGCGGACAGACAUUGGAAGAAGCCAAAAAGAUCAACAAGAGUUUAAGUGCCCUCGGCAUGGUUAUCAACGCGCUUACCGACGGAAAAUCGACACACAUUCCAUAUCGUGACUCGAAACUCACACGUAUCCUACAAGAAUCUUUGGGAGGUAACUCUCGGACGACCCUUAUCAUCAACUGUUCACCAAGCAGCUACAAUGAUGCCGAAACGAUAUCGACGCUGCGCUUUGGUGUUCGUGCUAAGGCAAUUAAGAACAAGGCGAAGAUCAAUGCGGAGUUGAGCCCUGCAGAGCUGAAGCAACUGCUACGGAAAGCUCAAGGCCAGGUCACGAACUUCGAGACAUAUAUUUCAAAUUUGGAAGGCGAGUUGCAGUUGUGGCGUGCUGGUGAAUCAGUCCCGAAGGAGCGUUGGACGCCUGCGAUUUCAGAGAAUGUGGCCCCUAAACCUCCUCGUCCUGCCACCCCUUCACGGCUUCAAACUGAAAUAAUGCGAGCAGAUACACCUAGUCGACCAGAUUCGCGGAUUGGAGAUCGAUCCAGUACGCCAAGUAUCGUUUUAGAGAAGGAUGAGCGGGAGGAGUUUUUGCGUCGUGAAAAUGAAUUGCAAGACCAAAUCGCCGAGAAGGAGUCAUAUAUCUCCAAUGUAGAGCGAAGUUUACAAGAAGCCAAAGAAGAGCUGAAGAAUCUCAAGGAAUCGUCUACUCGUACUGGAAAAGACAAUGAGAAGCUCAACACUGAAAUGAACGAAUUGAAGAUGCAGUUGGAGAAGGUUUCUUAUGAGAGCAAAGAAGCUGGAAUCACCAUGGAUAGCUUGAAGGAGGCCAAUGCUGAGUUGACUGCUGAAUUGGACGAAGUCAAGCAACAGCUUCUUGAUGCUCGCAUGCGUGCUAAAGAAACCAGCGCAGCUCUCGACGAGAAAGACAAGAAGAAGGCCGAACGCAUGGCAAAGAUGAUGGCAGGGUUCGAUUUGAGCGUCAAUGUGUUUUCCGAUAACGAACAGAGAUUGAAGACACUAAUAGAAAAGGUGGAUUCGCUUCACAAAGUCAGUGCUGCUGGUGAAGCGGUUGCGCCCGAUGAUAUUCUGGAGCUGCGGGCUAGUUUAUUAGAAACACAGGGCUUCGUCCGACAAGCUGAGCUUUCGAUGAAUGACCGAAGUGAAAUACAUGAGCUGCAGGACGGCAAGAGAGUGGAGUUGGAGAGAAGGGUUGUUGAGCUAGAGACUGAGUACGAGGAAGUCUUGAAGCGGAAUCUGGGCGAGGAUGAUGUCGAUGAGAUCCGGGAGAGAUUGGAGAAAUUAUACGUCGGACGACGGGACGCUGAAACCAGAGUUGCGGCCGAGCUUAAGAUCGAGUUAGCUCGCAGGGAUGAAGAACUCCUUCAACUCCGUCAAAAUCUAGCGGACUCCCAGGUCAAGGCAGCGACAAAUGGCAAUGCUGGUGGCGCUGUUGCAAUCACCAACAAGACCCUACAACAACAAAUUGCAGAUUUCGACAACAUGAAGAAGUCACUCAUGCGCGAUCUCCAGAAUCGUUGUGAGCGGGUUGUCGAGCUGGAAAUUUCGCUUGACGAGACUCGAGAGCAGUACAACAAUGUCCUACGGACCUCCAACAACCGUGCCCAGCAGAAGAAGAUGGCUUUCCUGGAACGAAAUCUCGAGCAACUUACUCAUGUGCAACGGCAACUGGUUGAGCAAAACAGUAGCUUGAAGAAAGAGGUUGCCAUUGCCGAGCGCAAGCUCAUUGCACGUAACGAGCGCAUUGCUAGUCUCGAGAACCUGCUGCAAGAUAGCCAAGAGAAGCUCACGGCAGCUAAUCAUAGAUUCGAGGCACAGUUGACAGCAGUGAAAGAGAGAUUAGAAGCAGCCAAACAAGGCUCAACACGCGGGUUGGUGACUUCAAUGGAGGGUGCAUCAGGCCUCAGCUUUGGCGGCUCACGCAUCGCCAAACCGCUCCGUGGCGGUGGUGGUGUAGAUGCAAAUGGCACAUCACACCAAGAACCUGCUGCAAAGCGCGGAAGUUGGUUUUUUGAUCGAGUUAAAUAA